GGCCAUUUCGAGGUGCUGGGAAAAGAGGAAGAAGAGGAGGAGGAGGAGGAGGACGACGACGCCGAGGACAAGGAAGAGGAGGAGAGGACGAAGCCUGGGCGGGUGGGAUGAAAGGGCAGACCGUUCUGGUCGCAGAGACGCACAGCGUAAUCAAUCAAUCAAUCACGUAGUUAGUCGUCGUUUUGGAAGAUCUCGUCCCAAGCCCGAAUAUCGUGGCUAAUACCGCAGCUACAACAGCGGCGGAUCGAGCGAAGAAAGGUUGUCCCCGGAGCUACUCCCCAUGAUCGUGGCGGUAGUCACCAGAGGUUGUCCUCCUCUCUUCUCGGCGACGGCGAUGGCGAUGGGGGCGCAAGCUGAGCCGCCGGCGGCAUUCCGCCGCCAUGGCCCCCUUCUUCUUCCUCUCCUUCUCACGGCUAUGGCGGCCUUCUUGUUCCCCGUCGCAACGGGCACGACGCACGCCGAUCUCGUGAAUGCCGUGACUAAGGACUGCACCCUCAUCCUCGAUUCCGACGUGACUAUGACUGCCAGUCUGCCGGAUGUCAAUACGGCCGCAUGUCCGGAGGUGAAGCUGAUAGGCAGGUGUUCUGCCGGUCUGUGCAAGAUCGACGGUGCGAAGAAGUUCAGCUUUAUACGUAAUGCGGAGAGGCUUCACUUAGAGAAUUUGGAAAUAACUCGGUGUAGGUGUGGAAAAGGACAGGCGGCCGCCGCCAUCCGCGCCGAUGUUGCAGUUAUUAAGAACUGCAGGAUCACGCACAACAAGGACGAAGGGGGCGGAGGUGUAGUGCAUCUCUGGGAGGCCCAGAUGACUGUCGAAAAUAGCGUGUUCUCUCACAAUCAUGGCAGAACUGGCGGGGCCAUUGUCCUUGAUUCCUUCAGUACCUUGAACGCUACCGACGUCGUCUUCCGAUACAAUACUGCCGUCAGAGGUGGAGCUAUAGAGAACGUCGAGAGCAAUCUUGUGUGUGAGAGGUGUUCUUUCCUGGAUAACGAUGCGCAGGAUGGCGGGGCUGUCUAUUUGAUUGACGAUGAUGGCACAGAGGCCACGUUUCGAGAUUGCCAGUUUGUACGGAACCGAGCUCGACGUCGGGGAGGGAUGGGCGGCGCUGUCUAUGUGGGGAGGAUCGAUCCCGGGGCUAAGUUUUGUAAUUGCAAGUUUGCAGAGAAUUCGGUGACUUCCGGGAAGACUCGGCAGCAAGUCGUCAAUCACGUCUGGAUCGACAUCAAGUCCGAUGACUACGGGAACGUCACCUUCUGUCCGUCUAAACCUGCAUCGGGAAUAUGGAUUCAUCCUGGGUUCAUUAUCAAGGAGGACUGCGCCGUCUGUACUUCAGCCAACGAUUUCUAAGGUACACGCACACGCACACGCACACUACGACUACACAUGGUAGGUGGGUAGUAUCGAGGAGUGAGUUACUGCGAGUAGGUGAUAAAUCUCUGUCUUUUUUUUGUUUGUAAUUGUUGAAAGAUCGAUGCUUUAUGGUAGGUAGGUGAGAUCCGGUUGUGCAGGCCGCCGUCAAUAUUCCUGUUGAGUUUCAGCCUUGCGACCGUACUCCCCAGGCGGAGUGUUUAACGCGUUAACUAGGUCCCUCAUCGGAGAUCUCUUUUGUACUAUCAUUUCAUUUCAAUUUUAACGGAUAUCUCGAGCGCACGGGAUCCGUCCCAUCUUUUCUUUGAUCUUUACUAUGGCUCGCCCCCCACCCCCGCGGCCCCCCAAGAAAUCUCCCUUUUUUCCCCUUCGAUCUCGAGAUUGCAUCAUUUCAAUGUCAUUGCACUGUGUCUAUCCAUGUCCCUCCUGUUGUGCUUGCUUCCCCGCUGGUCCAUGACCACGAGGAGUGUGUCGGCGCGUUAUGAUGGCUGGAUCUGGGCAACUGUUCGUCUAGAUACAGUCCGUCGGGGCGAUAGUUGGUGUUGCAGUCUGCUAUGCUACCCUGUUCACCCAAUAGAACGGCCGGUCAUUAUACCUGAACCCGGGCAACUUUUAGUCUAGAUACAGUGCAGUGAUACAUUCGGGUGAAGAGGGUAGGCAAUAUGAUCGGCGUGCGUGCGUGCGUGCGUGCGUGCGUGCGUGAUCGAUGAUCAUGUUUUUUACGCAUCAGCCCUUUUGUCUGACUUUCAGAUGUCGUCGACUCAUUUCAUUCCUUUCCUCCUUUUUCUCAAUUUCCAUUUUUCCUUCCUUUCACGCUGUCAUUAUUCUGGUGCAUGCAUCAGCCUUGAAGUUCUCGUAGUGCUCUCGCUUGAUUGAUGUUGUACUUUCCUCCAAUCAAAAACUUGGCAAUGUCAUUGAUUGAUUGAAGCCGAUUUUGUGCUCAACUGAUUGAUUGAUUGAUCGAUUGAUUGAUUGAUUAGGCAUUGACUAGUGAAAGCAACCGAUCGAUCGUUAGGUUACCGCUGUACGACGCUGAUGCUGAUGCCAAUGCUGCUGCUCUCGCUCUCUCCCCCUCCCCCGCUGAUUGCUGAUGUUCUCUGCUGGCGUAAAAUGCCAUAGCCCGUUCACAGUUUGUCCCUCUCGUGUUUUUUUUUUUGUUCUCCCGGCCUUCUGUUCGGCCGUCUGUUAAGGCGGAUUGCGCUACUGCGACCGUGAGAGUACCCGGGGACCACUCGUGUAGCUGUUGAUAGUAGUCCACGAGAGCAGUCUCCCUACCCGGUGACCACUCGGAUGAACGGUAAGGUGCGGAGAUCGAGGUCUGGUCCGGCAGCCAUUCACCUUCCUCUGACAGCUUUCGAGACUAGCAGAGUAACGCUUUUUUGUUUUGUGGUUUUGUCUGUCUCAAUUUUCUUCAUUUUAUGUAGUCACUUAACUGUCGCGAUUGGAUACCGAUGCCUCAGUUAAAACCGGCAUGCAGUUUUUUGUUUCCAUCUGUUCGCUGUAGCAUCUCGAAGGUAGAGUGGAAGAGAUUGGCUUUGUAGGUGGACAAUGAAUGCAACACACAGAG